AUGAUCAAAAAAAUACUUCUAAUAACUAUCAUUGCUUGUUUUAUACGUCUUACACUUUCAUCUUAAUCGGAAUAUCCUUUCCCUUCUGACAAGUCAUAUCGCAUUAAAUUAGAUGAUAAAUUUAAUGCAAAAUUAUUUGUAGGUUCUUUAGGAGAAGUAGAUGUACCUUUCAAUAUGCUCUCUAAACAUAUUUAUUUGACAUCUCCUUAAUGCAGUAAUUGUAUUAUAUAUUCAUAAGAUGAAUAAUAAACCUUCUCUUGCAAUAAAAAUGAAAAUUGUGCUGUGACUUUAGAAAAUGUUUCUGAAGAUAUAUCAGGUUUUAAGGCUACCGGAGACUACAUAAACCUUCCUAUGAUUCUAAAUGGAACUCCUUUAACCUUUAACGAUAUAUUUUAUGUAAAAUAAAUAAGUGAAUUAAAAGAGGGAUAAAACUACGUUUAUCAAGGAAUUGGAUUAUAAUUAGACGAGGAAAGCACCUCUUCUUUAAUUGAUUCAUUAAAAAAGUAAGGAAAAAUAGAUGAUGUAUCUUAUUCCUUAUAUUAUGACUUUGCUCAAUUUUAAGGCUAUUUACUCACUAUUGGAAGCUAUGAUAUUAAAUAACUAUCAAGACAAUUUUACAAUUUGAUGACUCUUCCUACACUUCCAACAUAGAAAAAUGAGUAUGAUAGAAUAAAAGCUACAGCAUCUUUUGCAGGUCAAGAGAUUUUACUUGUUGAUUCUUAUGUGAUUUUGGAUCCUACAGUAGAAAAUUUUGUACUUUCAAACUUUUAUUUUAACGAAAUGAAAAAUAUACUGGAAAAAAAUUCUAUGUUACCAGAUCUUUCACUCUUUACCGAAAAAAAUCCAGGACUAUGGUCUAAAGCCAAUCAAUACUUAAAUUUCUAAAUUAGUUUCAAACUGGAUGAUCCAGAUCAAAUUUCAACAACCUUAGAUGUUUAAUUUAGUGCUACUGAAUUUCUUAUUAAAAAUAAUAAUGACUAAUAUACACUCGAUGUAACUUUUGUUAAUACAAACGAUAACUUUAUUAGAGUUGGUAAAAAAAUAUUGAAAAAAAUGAUGUAUUACAAGCGCAUUUCAUAAACUGAUAAAAAGGUAUUCAGAAGUUUAACCCCAUUAAAAAAAAUCAAAUAAUUAUUAAGAUAAGAAAAUUAUUGA